AUGGUGAAUGGGAAAGGAACUGUUGUCCUAUCUAAAGGACACAAGACAGUGACACUAAAAGAUGUUUUAUAUGCUCCACAAUGUCCAUCCAACCUUAUUGCUAUUAACAAAGCUGUGCUUGCUGGUAAGGAGAUUAAAAUUAGUAACAAGAAACUAUGGUGUGAUAAAGAUUUAUUAGGAACUUAUCAUCAUCAGAACAAACUGUUCAAAUCUACAUACCAAAUGAAGUCUUCAUCUCCUUAUUCUAAGGCAUAUAAAGCCUCAGUAUCAGAUCCUCAUAUUGUAAUGGGACAUCCAUCG